AUGACCAAGACAGACGGCGUUCCAGAAGUCUCCCAAUCCGAAUGCUACGAUCAACAAGCUCUCGGGGUGGUUGCCCCAGAUGGCACUGUCGACUUACAGGAGAAGGCGGUCGAGGUACCCGUGGCAGGGAGGCCGUUAGCACACAAUUCGGUACCGUUGAUGGAUUUGGAGAGAGACAUCGUUGGCUGGGAUGCAGUAGACGACCCUGCUAACCCGAAAAAUUGGAACAGGAAGAAACGAGACUUUUUGAUGUUGCAGAUGGCCACCAUGGCGACAAUCAGCCCCAUGGCAUCCUCAUUAUGUGCUCCAGGUAUAGAAAGUACGAUGAAGGACUUACACGAGUCGUCUCAAGUACUUGGAUCUCUCAUGAUCACCAUCUACGUCCUCGGUUAUGCCAUCGGUCCGUUGUUUCUGGCGCCUCUCUCUGAGAUCUACGGUCGAUAUCCAGUGGUCAUGAUAUCGUCCUGGAUAUUCAUGGCCUGGCUCCUGGGAUGUAGCUUCGCGCCCGACAUGCCGAGUCUCAUCGUGAUGCGGUUUCUGGCUGGAGUCGGUGGAUCAGCCAUCAUCACCAUCUCGCCCGCCGUCGUGGGAGAUCUCUAUCCCGUCGAAAGACGAGCUUUUGGUUCGGCCAUCAUUGUGGGAAGCCAAUCUCUCGGUCCUAUAGUGGGACCAAUUUGUGGAGGGUUUAUCACGGAAUACCUGAGUUGGCGAUGGUCAUACUGGAUCCUGGUGCUUUGUGCUGGAUCUACCACCGCAGUCAUCACGCUGUUCAUGCAGGAAUCCAACGCAGUCGUCCUUCUGGAGCGAAAAGUACGAAAGAUGAGGAAGACGCUUGGGAGAUCUGAGCUGGUGUCAGCAGUUCAACACCGCAUGUCUGCUCAUGAACUGUUGAAAGUCAGCUUGCUGCUGGCCAAAUCCCCAAUUGUCUUAUUCAUCAGCAUCUAUGUUGCGACUGCCUAUGCCUUGCUGUAUCUAAUGUUCACCACACUCCCAACCGUUUUUGAAGACGCGUACGGCUGGUCUCUCCAGCUCACCGGCCUCUCAUACCUUGGCCGUGAGUCUUCACCCUGCAUUUCUUUAUUUGCUUUGAUCAAGUACAACGACGCACAAGUCGUCAAGCUUAUGAAGAAGAACAAUGGGGUCUUCGAGCCUGAAAUGCGACUGGCCACGACAACGUACUGCGGAAUCAUGCUGCCGAUGUCUCUGAUAUGGUAUGGCUGGGUAACAGACAAACGCGCUCAUUGGUCAGUGGUCUCGGCUAUUGUGGGCACCGUGCCUUUCGGUAUUGGCAUGCUCGGGCUCUUCCUUCCAUUGCAGACCUAUAUGGUCGACGCUUUCCCGCUUCAUGCAGCCUCCGCUGUUGCUGCCCCAACAAUCAUGCGUUCGCUCUUCGCGGCAUUCUUGCCCCUUGCUGGGCCACCGCUCUAUCAGAGCUUGGGCUUGGGCUGGGGCAAUACUCUAUUGGGCCUUUUGGCCUUGGCCAUGAUUCCCAUUCCCAUGGCAUGGCGGUAA